AUGUCGUCGCCUCAGAGCAAACCAAUUCCAACAGCUACGCUCUCUGCCGCACCAGUGGAUAGCAAGCCGAAGAAGGGAUCUGCUUUCUGGCUGUCCUUCCUCGCGCUAGCUGUCUCCAUCUUUCUAAGUGCUAUUGACUUGACGGCGGUCGGUACUGCGCUUCCAACAGUCACGAAGGCCCUUAAUGGAGGCGACGACUUCUCUUGGGUGGGUUCUGCCUAUGCUCUCACCAGUACCGCUAUUCUCCCCUUAUCUGGAUCGCUUGCGGAUAUUUUCGGGCGCAAGCCUAUUAUGUUGGUUUCCAUCGCCUUCUUCGCUGUGGGUAGUGCCAUUGCUGGUGCAUCUCAUAAUAUGCACAUGCUCAUCGCUGCGCGGGCUGUGCAAGGGAUUGGUGGAGGAGGCAUCAUCAACCUGACUGAGAUCAUCGUGUCAGAUCUUGUACCACUGGCGGAGCGUGGCGUUUAUCAAGGUUUAAUUGGCCUGGUAUGGGCUGUGGCUUCUGGCAUUGGACCUCCAGUAGGCGGUGCCUUCGCCCAACAUGGAGCUUGGAGAUGGCUUUUCUAUAUGAAUCUUCCUCUCACCGGUGUUGCAUUUGCGCUUGUUGUUAUCUUCCUUCGCGUCCGGUCUCCGAAUGGGUCAAUUCUGACGAAGUUGGCACGUGUUGACUGGUCAGGUAGUGCAAUUAUCAUGGCUGGAUCGACGUUGGUGAUCAUUGGCCUUACGUGGGGUGGUAUUCAGUAUCCGUGGAGUUCGGCUAACGUCCUGGCCCCUCUGAUCAUUGGGCUGGUUCUGAUUGGUGCAUUUUUUGUAUUCGAGGCUAAGGUGCCUCGCGAGCCUACCAUUCCUUGGGAGGUGGUGACCAACCGCACGAGUCUCGGCGGCUUCGUGGGAACAUUCGUUCACGGACUAGCAAGCAUCUCGGUUAUUUAUUAUCUUCCCGUCUACUUUCAGGCUUGUCUCAAUGCCUCGCCCAUCCGGUCUGGCGUGCAAAGUCUGCCUACGGCUCUUGUGAUCGCACCGUUCGCGAUGAUCUGCGGUGUCACUGUUCAGAUCAUGAAUAAAUAUCGACCCGUCAAUGCUAUGGGUUGGAUUCUCAUGAUCAUUGGCCUCGGCCUAUUAUGCCUCCUCAAAGCCAACAGUGAUGCAAGCCAAUGGAUCGGGUUCCAGAUCGUUGCUGCUGCAGGGACUGGUCUUAUUUACGCCUCCACCGUUUUCGCGAUAUUGGCCCCACUUCCUGUGGAGCGAACCGCUUCCGCUCUAGCAUUUUUUGCAUUCCUGCGGGCCUUUGGCCAGACGUGGGGCAUCACGAUCUCCAGCACGAUCCUGCAGAAUGAGCUCAAGAGGAAUAUUCCAGCUGCCUUCGCCUCUCAGUUCCCUCAGGGCUCAGAGAUCGCGUACUCUGCGAUCCCCAUUAUCCCCACACUCCCGGAGCCGCUGCGCACGGAGGUCCGCGUCGCGUUCGCCUCGAGCAUGGCUACAGUGUGGAAGACGAUGAUUGGCAUCUGCGGCCUUGGGUUCCUGUCAGUCUUGCUCCUAAAGGAGAUCCCGAUGCUGAAGUACACCGAUGGCACGUAUGGUCUACAUGAGCAGGAGCCGCUUGAGGACACGGAGAAGGCUGUCUCAGAUGAUACCGUGGAUACCGGUGAGACGUCGACGUCGCGGCUUGACGUGCAAUUUGCUAGGGAGGAAGCCGAUGACGAAAAUGAUGCUGCUCAAGACGAGACGCAUGUCACGGAGAUGUAA